AUGGUUGUCUUAAAUCUCUUCAAUCGCAACCACAUGUUUCAAUCCAGACCAAAAACGGCGAUGGAAGGGUUCCUCCCUGCGCCAGCUAAGGGCGCUCUGGUUGGCAUUCUCUGUCCAGAGUGCUCGACACCCCUCAGAUACCAUUCUGCACUGGCCGACUCAUGGCGCAUCCACUGCCCCACACCGCCCAAAAACAAUCAACACAACUGGCGCACCUGGCGAUGUGAUCAACUGAACCACGAACGGGCGUUGAUUAACGCUGGGGUUCCCCAACCGAUCGUUUCUUCACCAGAAGAUUGGGGUUCUCGCAUUUCACCAUUUGGCGUCUUACUUGAUCCUAAACCCCCAAACCUCGCCAACCCAUCUACUACCAAUCGAAACAAAACCGCCAGCAGGACCAACAAUCUGGCCAACCCUAUUCCUCAUGAUGUUUACCAUCCAUUCUUAGGUCGACAACCUCCUCUCACCACGUUGGAAACGCCACAAGUUGACUCGCUUGCAGGGCCACAUCGGGUGAAGGUCAAGUAUCCUUGUCAGCGACCUUCACGUGGGCCCACCGCACGUACUCAUCGCGCGACAGGGAAUAAGGGUUGCCCUUAUCAGUACUGCCAAGCGUGUUGCCUUGAAUACGGUUUGGGGGCGUGUUCCAAGCACACUCGAACGCACCCCGCCCACAUCAAAAACCCGAUGGAUGUGGCAAAGGCUCAUCAAGUACCUCGUCACCCAUCUCAAUCGACCUCAGGUAGCAUUAGUCUUAGCACGGCUGCAAGUACAUCAACUCAAGCCAGUACAUCAACUCAAGCGACACCCGAAACAGGACGCGCACGCACUGGUGGCCGCAUCCACCAAUGGGCCCAAUCAGCUAACACGCUGGGACGGCUUCUGGGUCCUCAAACCGUUGCGAACAUCCAGAACGACCGGCGUGAGCGAUAUGAAGCUUUUGAACGGGAGAUAGCUCAAAAAUACGAUGAGACCAAGGUCGUCACAAUCCACCUGUGGCUCAAGGCGGACGAAAGCAAGGUCAUUUCGGCGCAUUUCGCGCAAUGGCCGAAGGCUAGGCUUGACGAAUCCAGCCUGCUCAUGCAAGCUUGCACGCAGACGCUGGGCCCUACGUGGAACCGAGCCCUGUUUUUCUGGGACGAAAAGCUAGACUCUUGGCAUGAAACUAUGGUCACUUUUCCUCACCGGUUCCUCUCAAGCGACAAAGUGGUCAUAGUUUGGUCGCAACAAGUGGAUCCUCGUACACCUGGUUUGCCGCAAAGCAAGUCCAGGCACCUCAGUACUGGCUUCAUUCAAAACGAUCCGAUUGAGCCUGCGACCUCCAAAGCUGGACAAGCCACUCUUCCUCCCAAAUCCGACGGGGAGGAGAUAAUUUUGGUUAAAUCCUAUCUGACAGCUAGUGCACCUGCCAAACGGGCCAGCGCGCCUCCCGAUUCCGAUGAUGACGAGAUCACUGUGGUGAAGUCCAUUCUGACAUCCGCCAGUGCCGACGCCAACCGUGACAUAUCACCCAAAACCGACCAUUCAGACAAUUCAGUUGAGCUGGUGAGUAGCAACUUUCCAACCACGAUCCAACCAAACAUGGUGAAACGCGAAAAAUCAGAAGACCUACCUAUAUUUGACCCUUUCGAAGUGUCACCAAGACACGACGCGAACAGAGGUCAUCACCCCGAAUCAGCUGGUGGUGGCUCCACUUCCACUACGACUACAAAGUCCGACCCAGCCUUGAAAAAAAAGUGGCCUGGCCCAGAGGUGCUUGUGUCAACCCUUCUUGCGUGGUACAAGGAGUGUGAAACUCGUCCUCCCCUGCAGGCAUGGAAGGACGUUUGGGGUCACGAGUGGGUUUUGGUACCUUCAACUGUGUAUAGGAAUCGGCAGUGGGUGGAAAGAGUGGGGUACAAACGAUUCUUGGCAGAUUACAGGAAGAAUCCCCGUGCAAGCGUCGGACAAGCACGGAUUCUUUACAAGAAGGAGUUCCAAGCAGUGGCGAAUGUCUAA